AUGGCCUAUCCGCACUCUCCUGACUUUUAUCGUUGUAUGGAGCAGCACAGGACAUCCUUGUUGCUGAAUGUGGAGAUCAAUGAAGAACAACUUUCCAAAUCAUCCCCUGCUCACCAGGAAUCAAUCACCAGGCAAGAUACACAUAUUAGCACAUCAUUCCCGUCUCGGUUUCAUUUUUGUACUUUUCUUUUUUUUACCUGGGCAAGAAUUCUGUCUUCUGUACAUUUAUAUUUACCACCACGUGUAGUACUGCAAACCCUGGGGCGGGUUUACCUUUAGGCCAACCCUGGUAUAAACAGAGCCUUAAUUUACUGGCUCUGUAUUAAUUCUCUGGAAGUGUAGGCUGAUACAAUGACCCUGGAAUAUGGAAUCCCAAAAGUAUGUUUGAAAUAUAGACUACCCCAAAAGGCCUGCUUUACAGCUGGCGUGAAUGAAUCAAAACCCUUUAAUCUGCACUCUUUGAAUAAGACUCCAGGUAAAUCCAGGAUUGAGGAGUUUGUUUGGGCACAAAUUAAAUGAAUUGGAUCCUUUCAUACCUGCUAAAAGGUAUUUGUGCAUGAUUAAGCAAUCUUAAAAAGGAGUCUGAGCAGUUUUGCCAUUUUUUUGUAUAUUAUGAGUUUUUUUAAUGCUUCAGCCAUUAUGUACCAUUAAAGGACCACUCUAGGCACCCAGACCACUUCAGCUUAAUGAGGUGGUCUGGGUGCCUGGUGCAGCUAGGGUUAACCCAUUUUUUCAUAAACAUAGCAGUUUCAGAGAAACUGCUAUGUUUAUGAAUGGGUUAAGCCUUCCCCUAUUUCCUCUAGCGGCUGUCUCAUUGACAGCCGCUAGAGGCGCUUGCGUGCUUCUCACUGUGAUUUUCACAGUGAGAGCACGCCAGCGUCCAUAGGAAAGCAUUAUGAAUGCUUUCCUAUGUGACCGCUGAAUGCGCGCUGCUCUUGCCGCCGCGCAUUCAGCCGACGGGAGGAGAGAAGGAGGAUCGGAGGAGGAGAGCUCUCCGCCCAGCGCUGGAAAAAGGUACGUUUUAACCCCUUUCCCCCUUCCAGAGCCGGGCGGGAGGGGGACCCUGAGGGUGGGGGCACCCUCAGGGCACUAUAGUGCCAGGAAAAAGAGUAUGUUUUCCUGGCACUAUAGUGGUCCUUUAACUUAAAGAAUAUGGUAUGACUAUUUUGUGUGUAUUCUGCUUCAAUUUCUGUGCCAAGAUAAAAAAUAAUAUAAGCAAGCAUUAGAAAACAGAAUGCAUUUCUGGAAUUCACUACACAAAAAGUAAUGCAACAAACUUUAAAAAAUAAUUGAAAAGUGGAAAAUACUGUCAAUUUUAUUAUUAGUGUCAUUAAAAAGUCCUAGAAAUGAUAAAUCUCUCCUACGCACUACGUCUUCAAGCAUCACAGGAUCGCUGAGUGAACUGACCAAUGCAGGGAUAUGCACCCACUCUCAGCACUUUAAUGGCUUGUAACUGCGGUGAUUUGUAAAAUAGCUGCAGCUAGAAGACUGGCAACCAGAGGUAGAAUUGUCUGUAUCACUUCACAGAGCAAGCGGGGUCACGGCAAUGUAAGCAGUCUAGUUGACUAAGCUGUGCAGCAGACUUUAUAUAAACUAAUAGCAGCUGAUGUACACUGUCAGACUGCUGCUGUUAUACACAUUGAAUUAUGUCAGCCCUCAGGUACUCGCAGCAAUCGAGAAAAUUAUCCAUGAAGUGUUGGAGAGCCUUUCCAAAAACCAAGCCCCAGUACUCACACUGGACAACAGAUCAAGCUGGGGUAAUGUGGAGUAAGUAUGACAUUAAUAAAGGUCUGGUACUUAAUGUUUGUAAACACCAGGUAGCAGAACCAUUAGUAAUUUAUCUGGCAAUCAAAGUUGUUUGGUUCUAGACAAUAGCUGCCAUCCAUGAGUAGUUGUUGGGAACUACAUGAAUAGCGAUCCCCAUCAGUGAGUAAAAUUCAAAGAGUACCUGAGGAAAUCAGUUCACUAACCAUGUCAGUUCCUAUGGGAUACUUAUGAUCAAUAGAAUUCCUCUGGCAACGUGAAUUCUACUUACUGCUACAUAUCACGUGGAACUCCUCAUCUUCUGAGAAAAUGUAGCCAACGAGGCAGGUCUGUUCUGGCCUUUAGGUUAACUAGGUGGGGAUGGCUGCUCUUCAAAUGGCAGUAAAAUAACUCUUUACUAACAGGUUUAACGAUGCAGUCGGAUUACAGAUGGUGAAACGUUGCACCACCUUAAAGGUGAAAAGUGACAGUCCAAGGUCUGCACAAAGGUUUGGUGAGGACACAUAAUUCAUUUAUUUUUGUGUUUUAUCUGCUAAUGAUUUACUGUAUCCUAUGGAUCAAAAUGGAAAUAUAUAUAUAUAUAUAUAUAUAUAUAUAUAUAUAUAUAUAUAUAUAUAUAUAUACACACAAACUGAUUUAUUACAGACUAGACUACGUGAUAGGGCAGUGAUUGUUAAAUUCAGCAGAUGUUUUAAUAUGUUUGUGUAAAUCACCAAAAUUUAAUGUUAAUGACCUGGUGGGUGACGGAUAUAACGGACUCAGCCUUGUUCUUUCUGUUUGCCUCUGUUCUUAGCAACUUCAAAAACAGGACCAGUUUAACUUUUACAUAGAUAUAGUCAAUCUAUUUCAAUCCUAAAUGCCAUCUGCUCAGGAUCUAAAUGGAAUAUAUUAUUUGUGGUCGGGGCAAUUUUGCCGUAACACAUAAUUAGCAAUAAACAUCUUAGUCAAUAGCACCGGUCAGUUGUGGUGUGCCGGAACCGACAAUGCAGUAGGCCUGUAAUAAAGAGGGCCCACCUUAGAGGGUGAUGUGAAUAAAGGGAGUGGUGGGUAACUCGCCCGGCCAACCACGGUAAAGUGGGAGAGGAUUGGAUGCCCUUAUAAAGGGGACUCAAGCCCCUCCCACAACUACAGGCCCAGCCUUAAAUUUUUUGCCGUAAUAGUUAGAUAACACAUAAUAAGCAAUAAACAUCUUUAUCAGUCAAUAGCACCGGUUGUGGUGUGCCGGAACCGACGAAGCAGUAGGCUUGUAAUAAAGAGGGCAAAAAUAAGUGUAACAUACAAAUAUAUAUUUGUUCUACAAUACCUUAAAAUUACUUGGAGAAGUCACGAUAUGCCUGACAAAUCCCUAACCGGUUCCAGUAUAGAUAAUGUAUAAGAGGAUGAUUGCCAGCGUCCCAUGCCCGCGGUUGCCGAGUCGGACCGUGAUUCGUGGAGUAGUCCCAGCUCUAAGGGAUGCCGGACUAACUGUGUAUACUCUGCGAGAUGGCGCACCAGACCUAGCAGAGGUGUUGGGUAGAAACAGCGCCCCCAGUGACUUGGGAACUCGAGGCAUACGAUUUAUACAAAGCCAUCAUUAGUUUGAUCCUUAUAACUUACCGGCAGGCUACGUAAUGCCAAGUGGCAAAUAAUUUCACUAAUGAGGGUGACAGGUGAGGCCCUGCUAGUUGCCAAGCGGCAUGAGAGGCUCUAUCUAUGCGUUGGCCUGAGGGGAGGUAGAGGCCACCGAGACGCGUGUGGUGGGGUGAUGGCCUCUCAGUGACUACUAAAGCAUAAGAUAGAAUGGAAGUUUACAGAUGAGGCCCUCCCUAUGCAACAAUGCAAGGCAAAUAACUAUGCGGUGGGCCGAUGGCGUCGUCCUCCGAGCAAGAGGAUGGGUGUUGGCCUCUCGGGACCACUAGGCUAUGGCAUAGAGGCCAGAAACCUAUCAUAGUGGGAACCUAGAUCCCUAACAACCAGUACUAUCUGCUAAUAGGGGACCUCAGCGUGGGCCAGGUCAAGGACCCAGCCAUUUCGUGGAUCCAUUUAGAAUAGUGACUGAGCACGUAUGUCUCUCUACGAGGGCCCGAUCGUGGACCCAUGUAGAAAGAUGACUGAGAACGUAUGCUACAGUGUGGACCGGAAUAAGUAAAAAUGACCUACCCCCCUGGUGGACACAAGGCAGGAAAGGCAAACGCUGCUAAGAAGGAUGAGCUUCCCGGCAGGACCUCGGUUGGACAAAGCAUGCCACCCAGAGAAACGACCAGAGCCUGAACCAUAGAAAAGGAAAACUAAGGAGGGCAUAGGAAAACAACCUAGAACCAGCAGGUGAUGCCGGAGAAGGAACAGAGACCUGGCAACCAGAGCACGGAAGACACCAGCGACCAUCACAAAGGCGCAACCAAGCGACCCAAAACUCACGAAACGUGAACAGGGCAUGGGGAAAACCAGAAGAGCGUCCUCCCACAACUACAGGCCCAGCCUUAAAUAUGUCGGUACCUCUGUGAAAUGUAGGUUUCUGAGACUUGCCAUAAAUCACUAUAUUUUUUUCUUUUUAUUUGUGCAGCCCUGAUAAUAAAGAUCCUCUCAGUCAUCCACAAACUGGUGCAAAGUAACACAUACGCCACCAAGAGGUAAAUGUCAUUAAUUCUAAAUAAAUAUCACUAUAUUUGUAAAUGGUUUCAUUUUCUUUCCCCAAAAUCAACAGAAUAAUUGUAAUUAUACAGAAGUUUGUAGAACUGUGCAGAAAUAUAUAUGAAAGCAUUAGACAUUGAAGAUAUGACUCCUGCUUACGUUGUUUCACCAAGGGCAGCUAACAUGGAGUAUUAUAGGGAAUGUAGUUCAGAAACAUCUGGAGUGAAAUUAAAGUUGUCACUUUAUUAAGAGACGCCAUUCGAAAUUAAAUCCUGAAGCUAUACUAUAUACCUUAAUGUCACCAGAAACCCUAUAUUAUAUCAUUUUCUCCUCUAGAUUGUAAGCUCGUUCAAGCAGGGUCCUCAUCAACCUAUUGUCAAAAGGUGUAAUAAUUUGUCUCGUUAUUAUUAUUUUUAUUGUUUAUAUAGCGCCAGCAAAUUCCGUAGCACUUUACAAUGGGAUUCAUUCUUGUUAAAUUUUCUCGUCUAUAUAAUUGGAAAGCUUGCGCUAUAUCAAUGCCAGUAAUAAUAAACAGUGGGUGUUUACAGUUCAUUGUACCUCAUCUGCUAUCUAGUCCAGUCUUUGGUAUCCAUUCAGGGAUUCAUAAAGCAUCACACCUCUAAAUCACAUACUGCUACAUUCCCUGCUUAUAUAUAUAUAUAUACUGUACCAACAGCGGGAGCACAUAGAGGGCCACUACGUGCAGAAGUACACAUAGGACAUUAACAUGCUUCUCAGCUUGACAUUGUAAUAAAAAUACUCAUGUAAAAAUACACAACUUUCAUGGCUAUUCUGACUAAUAAUUUUAACAGUUACAAGCCUGAACCAUUAAACAUUAAGUGUUUCUUAAUCACAUGACUCACAGUUCCCAGCAAUCCCUGCUUUUCUUUAAAUACCAUAAGUAUGGCUUGCAGGGAAUUGUGGGAUUUGUAUUUCUAAAUGGCCACAGGUAGCAUGACCAUGGAAUAAGGAUUUCCUGAUGUUGUCUGAGCACAGUAACAAGUUAUCUUCUCCUCAGGGAUAUAUAUUACAACGAUGUGCAGCUUUACGGCAGCCAGAUCGUGGUGGACAACAUAAUUAAUGAUGUUUCCUGUAUGCUGAAGAUCCCAAGAAUAAGCUUACAUAUUGUAGGUUUUGGUAACAAGAAAUCUAUUUAAAUUGCAGUAUCUUGUGAUCUAAUCUUAUAGAAUUAGUAGAGUUUUGAAACAUGUUUUCAGAAGAUUAUUUAUUUUUGAAAGGAAACUUUAAAAGUACAAUGACCAUUACAGCUUUCUGUGCCCUGGCACCAUUCUAUCAUCAUCUGUCAAACCAUUUUAGCACAGUUUGACAUUUGGCUGUGCGUUCUGGGUGUCAGCUUUUCUCUGAGCUGGAAAAGCCGGAUGUCAACUAUGUUCAAUAUAGUUACUAAAUAAUUUUAUAGAUAUAUAUUUUUUUUAAAGCCUGGGUGCUAAGCCCCACCCCCCAGAUUAUUCUAGGAUACAGUUGAUUUGUAUGUGAACAGGUUGUUGAUCCAAUGAGAAAUCUGAUUGCCAAUAUGAAGUCAAGAAGGAUCCCCCACCCCCUUUUUUUGUGGAAAUGACUACAAUUUUGACUUCUUUUAGAUGAACAGCAUAAAAGAUUAGGGAUCAAGGUUGAACUUGAUGGACUAGCCUUUUUUCAGUGUAGACUCAUUUCAUGGCUGAGAACACCCAUCUGACACGCAACAGAAUGCGUGCUUAUAUCGGCAUUCGGCUUCUCCUACUCAAGAAAAAGGGAAGUGGCAUGGGUGUCCAGUAGAAUCCAGUGGGAUGAAGUGGUAGUGGUUCUUGGGGUAUUCUGAAAGGAACACUCCAGACACUAUAAAGAACUUGCUGGAGUCUGCUAUAUUAGUGAAUAUUUAUAAAGGGAGAGCAUCACAAAGCUAGCAGAAGGCGCACUGUGCUAGGAUGUGCCUGCCUACCCUGCUUCUCAAUGAGCUUUACUACAGUGUAUUGAGAAGCAUAGGAUAGCUGUGAUGGUAUGCACGCUCGUAUGGUAUGCAAUGAGAAGGCUUUGAUUCUUAAAUUCUCUGGCACAGACUGAACGUUUGUCAGGAAAAGAGGGGAGGGUUUAUGAAGGCUGCAGACUUUUGCAAAUUGCUUUUUUUCAUAUACCCCCAAAAUAAAAUAUGCAGAAAAAAAUACAUGAAUGUUUUCUUUGAGGGUAUAUUACCUAAAUUGCUUUCUAAAAUUUCUGUGACAUGUCCCUUUGAAUCUAAAUACUUAUUUAAUUCAAAACUCUGUAGGUCCAGUAUAAUAAAGGUAGGUGCAAUAUUGUUGUUAGUUUGCAUCUUUGUCAUUGGACUAACGUACCUAUUGUAACAGAUAAUUUCGUUCUUUACAUUUUACAACACAUUUUAAGUGUAUCUGAGAUUUCCUAACAUAGACGCUGCUCAUUAUGGGAGAGUAGGAGCACAAACAAUUAAAAUAUACAAAAAUGUUUUAUCACUAAACAGUGGAGUUAAAGGGCAAAUUAAAAAGAAAUCAGGCCAAAAUAACCUGGAAGGAUAAAGUCUCCAACUUUCCUAGUUCAGUAAUUCUUUGCUAAAUAUUAAACACAAUUUAUUGAAUAAACCUGAUCACCUUGUAGCAAGACUGUUUAGCUGUCUGACAUUGUCUUUUGCCAGCUUACUACGUCUAAGGGAUGUCUUAGUGGAGAUUUGUGGUUUACGGAGGAAGACGGAACAAGAGUGAACUGCAGUGGGAGUUCAACAGUGAGUAACUGGUGGAUUGCUAAAAAUAUAGGUGACUGCAUUUACACCCAUAAACAUGGGCACAUGUCAAAGCAGCAAUAGGACGUUUCACAACAUUACAUUGCCGCAACCUGCUAACUACUAACACCAAUCAUAUUUCUUGACAUAUUUUGACUAUAUUUUUGUGAGGCAAUUUCAGUACACAGGAAACAGUAUAUUUUGAAUCUUAGAAAUUGUAUUGACUGUAUCAGAGACAGGGCAGACUUGUCCGUGUUGGCCACGAACCCCAACCCCUAUAAAGAGUUUGUGGUGUAACUGGUUUGAGCCUGAAGAAGUUGAGGAUCUUUUCUAAAGAGUAGGAUGUCAUCCAGAUAGACUAUACAUCUUAUGCCCAGGUAUUGUAAAUGUUCCAUUAUCGGUUCAUAGAGCUUGGUGAAGCACCAUGGGGCCGAAGUCAGCCUGGAGAGGAGGCAUGUGAACUGCCAGGUGGCAUCCUUCCACCAAAAUCAGAUAAAUCUGAGACUUACUGGAUGUAUGGGAACAGAUAGGUAGGCAUCUUUGAGAUCUAAGCGAGUGAACCAGUCUCCCUCUGUUAAUAUGACCUUUAAUAGAUGGAUCCCUUCCAUCUUGAAAUGGUGUUAAUUCACGAACACAUUAAGCGCCUGCUAGUCAAUUACCGGUCGAAACUCUCCAGUCUGUUGCUGAAAAAUCCACCUGAGUUUUGAGCUUGUUGCAUUGCACCUUUGCGGAUCAAAGAGAGGCCUUCCUGGUCUUUUAGCUAUCACUGGAGCCAGUUCAUCCAAAAAAGCAACAGUACUAAAUCCUGGACCGGCAGAGUGGAAUUCAGGAGUGGGAGUUGGAGGUGCCACUGGUUCGGUGCGCAUUUAGGGGAACACCUUGGCUAGGCCCUUUCCACUGCUGCAGUGAUGAGUGCUUGCACAUCCCCAGAGUGUGUUAGAGAUUCCUCCAUAAUCCUGAAUAUGAAAUUGGCACAAAUGAUCAAUCAGGUAAAACCUCUGAAAGAGUUCAAUGAUUGUAUGGGCAAAAUGUGGGCUCACCCCAAAAAGCUUACAGUACUUUUGUUAGUGUGUAGGCUCACUCACUGAACUUACUCCAGUAUGCACCUUUAGUGGGGGCUGACCCCAGUGAGAGAAUCCACUCAAUGUGAGAGCACUCCUUAUUUAGCAGAGCUGACGAAAUACGAUGGCUGCCUCUAACCCGGAGGUUUUCAAACCAGCCCUCAAGGCACACCUACUAGGACAGGUUUCAGUGAUUAACUGGUUGUGUACAAGGUGUUUUUAGAAAGGAGAAAAAAAAAACACCUUGACACAACUGGGUAAUCCCUAAAUCCUGGACUGGUUUGAAAACCAUUGCUCUAACCACACAUGAGCACCAAGAUAGCCAGGAGACGUGAGCAAUAAGAUGACCACGGGACCAGCACCUAUAGCAUGACCGACGCCAACUGAUAAUGGACCAAGAGUAGCGAAGGAAGCCACAGAACCACGUGCUUGCUGAAAUUGUCCCAGUCCAUUGUAGGCAAGGUCUAUAAAUGGGGAAAAGAAAACUUGUGUCAGAAGAAACCCUUUGGUAACCAAAAAGGGCCCCAAUCUAAUGAACAGGGGGUGGGGGGACAGAAAGGGGGGGAAACAAAAGGUGUAAAGGGUAGAGAUAAAUCAGUAUAUAAUUUAGCACUUGAUAUAAUAAAACAUAGAGUAUCACAUUUAACCCUAAAGGGAGAGCAUAUUCUGAUCUGUCGGAGGCACCAGCAUAGAAAGGGAAAGUGAUUCCACGUGCUUCUCCUAUUAUAUAUUUUUCCUAAAUUAUAAUUGGUUGAUAUUUCUUCUAUUCUUGUUUUCUGCUAAUUGAGGUGGGGUAAAGAAAGAAUGCAAUAUAUUUGCCUACUGCCAUGUGGUACAAUGAAGACAAUGACAUAUAUGCUAGGACAGUCACAGAGAGAUCACUGGAAUCCACACAUGAUGCAUUAUUUGUAUUUUUUUUUUUCAGGGAGUGUUGGUACCAUCUAACAUUGAAGGAAUCACAAGUAUCCUUAAAGUGAUUAAACUGGAAAUGAUUGAUCAGCUGUACUGAUGUUGCUGUAUUUUAUUAUUCUUUAGCACCAAACACAAAAAAUGGAAAAUACAAGCUGAGAAUUCAGCCUGGGCAGAGGGCUGAUAGACCGGUGUAAUGAAGGGUUACAUGGUGUACUUUAAAAAUAAAUAAAUCCGUUAAUGAAACCAGUCAUAAGAUGUGAUGAUUUGUGAACACAAAGCUCCAAAUAUCCGUCUGCCAGUCUGCGCAUUUUCUGUCGUUUUAACCCCUUCAGGAUUAAGAACUGUCAAAAUAAAAAAUGUUUUGUCUAAUACUGGCCCUCAGAGGGUCUCUAAUUUUCUUGUUUGAAAAAAAUUAUGAGACAGUAAUCUGACUUAGAUAGGCAACACAUAUACUAUGGAUUCAAGCCAGGAAGUGUGAAAUCUGUUAUUUAUCCUAACAAACUGUAAAGAAAUAAAUAACAACACGUUGUCUGUUUAAGGCUAUCCAUAGCAUCCCAGGUGUUUGCAAAUCUUUUUCCUCAUUUAUGUGUGGAGAGUACAUUCUUUUUUAUUUUACAAAAAGUGCUAAUUUCUUUUUCUUUUUUUUCUUUUUUUUUUUAUUAUGCAUUUUAAAAAGAAAUUCCACAAUGAUUACAGAGAUAUCAUGGUUGAACAGACAUGUUUGUGAGCAUUUUAAGUUCGUGCGUGAGUCGCUGGUUCGCAUGCAUUGAAACAGAAUAUUGUGAAAUCGAACAUAACCAAUAACAUUAACAGCGAGAGGGUUGAGGGAGUUUUGUUUUGGGAAGGAUUCUAGUGGGUUGUAGCUUUGUCGGUUCAUGAGUACCAAUCCAAGUUUGCAUCAUACGUCAAACCCAUCUAUAGAGGUGGUGUAAUUGAUCGUCGACAUUCACAGUUCCUUCGUGUGUAAUAACUUCUAUAUUGUACAACAUAUGUAUGUUACCUUAUGAGCUAUACAUUCAGUACCACGAUUGCGAAUAUAGACACGUUAUUGACAUUUUAUUGAUAUGUUAUUGACAUGGUAUUCAGGCUUCAUGACAUCAUUCGUAAUCGUACAUUAAUAUCCCUCUAUGAGUGCAGCUGGCGAGUCUUCUCAAUUUUUUAAAUUAUUUUUUUUUAUUUAAAAAAGGAACAAAUGGGGGGGGAAUGGAAAAAGGAGAACCAUCAGUUGUCAGUGAUGAGUUGCAUUCCUGGAGUAUGACCAGUGUUUAAAGUAUUGUGUGCUUCGUCCCAUAUUUCCCAUGCUUGUUUAUAUCUAUGUUUGUUUUUUCCCAGUGUUUGCUCUAAGAAAGCUUUCAUAUAUUUUAUUUGUGUUAACAAGGUGUAUACAUUGUUAUAUGUCGGGCACUUUUUCGUUACGCCAGUGUCUGCUAAGUAUUGUGAGUGCGACUAUAUUAAUGUGGUAUAUUAAGUACCUGGUUGUAAAGGAAAACUUCAGUGGGUAGUUUUGUAACAGGAGACAUUCUAGUGUGUGUGGAAUAGUAAUUCCGAGGCUUGUGUUUAUAAGUUGUGCUACUUCUACCCAAAACUGCUGUAGUUUUGUACAGUGCCACCAAAUGUGGAGCAUUGUGUCUUGCUCUGUUCCACAUCUCCAGCAAGUACCGGACGCAUCUGGAUAAAUAUUCUUAAGACGGGCUGGUACCAGGUACCAUCUGUAGAGUAUUUUCCUGGAGAGCUCAAUGUGGUUGGUGCAUAGUGUUAACUGUUUGUAUGCUGUAAAUAUUUGUUUCCAAGUGGAGUCUGGAAGCGAGUGGUUUGGGUCUUUUUCCUUUGCUAGGGCAAAUUUGUGUUUUUCGGUACAAUUGUAAUCUAUCGAAUAAAGUAGAGAAAUCAGUUUAAUUGACGGUUUUUGAUUUACCAAGAUUUUUUUCGAAGCUUGUCAGCUGCUGCUCAUGUACAAUUUCCUUUCUGUGUUUAUGUUGUCCCUGAAUCCACGAUUGUAUUUGCCUAUACGAGAAAUGUGCUAUCGAUGGGAGAUUAUACUUGUCUUGUAAGGUGCGAAAAUCAAUAAGAGUAUUACUUUGGAACAGUUGAGACAGAAACCUGAUAUGGUGCCUAUCCCAUAUUUUAUGGUUGAAGUCUGAGAUGGUACAUCUCAGUGCCGAGAUUGGCAUGGCUAGCGUGUAUGGGCCUUGAGUGCUAUGUAUAUGUCUACAAGUGUCCCAUAUAUUGAUGGUCGAGGCAGUUGUAGGUAGCAUUGGAACCUUUUUUGGUCUGAGGUGUUUUGGUAACUAUAGUAAUGUCAAGAUGGUAUGCCCCUGCGAAGCUACGUGUUCCAUGCAUACCCAUUGUGGCGGGUGGUGUUGUGUUUGUGCCGGCACUAUGGAGCUAAUAAUUGUCGCUUGGUGGUAAAAUUUUAUAUUGGGGAGGUUCAGUCCUGAAUGGGUGAAUUUGUUUUUGAGUGUAUGUGCAGCUAUUUGUGGGAUUUUGUUUGCCCAUAUGAAGUUGUUUAUAAUUUUUUGGGUAUUCUUGAGGUAGGAGGCUGGGAUGGCAAUUGUUAGCGUUCGGUAAAGAUACUGCAAUUUGGGAAUAAUAACCAUUUUGAUCGCAGCAAUGCGUCCCGACCAGGAGAGGAAUUUCCCCUGCCAUGAUCUCUUUGUCUUUGAUGUCUGCUUGACGUUUUAGAUUAUUUAUAUAGGUGUUGUGUGUGCUGUGUAAAUGUAAUACCUAAGAAAGUUAGAUUAUCUGUUCUCCAAUCAAAGGGGUGUUAUUUUUUCAUUUCCAUAUUCUCCCCUUUGGGAUACUGAUCCCCAUGGCCUGUGUUUUGUGUACAUUCAAUUUGUAACAUGAGCUGUAGUGGCGUAGCAGUGUGGUGAAUGCCGGUAGGGAGAUGUGUGGUUUGGUCAUAGUGAGGAGGACAUCAUCCGCAAAAAGCGUGAGUUUGUAUUUCUGAUCAUGCAUUUUUAUACUUUAUACCCGAUCUCUCCAGAAUAGUAGAGGUAAACCCGCUGUUGACCACCUUUGCUACUGGGUUACUUUAUAAGGUACCGACCACCGCCAUGAACAUUUGUGGAGCAAUACACUGUCUCCCCCUCCAUGCAGCGUAUGAAGCAGGUUCAGAACCUUUCUGGUUCAUUCACCCUUCUGUCUCCCUCAUAUGAUCAUCAUUGAUAAUUGUGGGGAGUAUUGAGGCCAGCCUGUUCGCAAAUAUUUUUGCGAAAAUCUUAAUAUCGGUAUUUAAUAUUUAUAGAGGACGCAAAUUCUGUCCUCUGUCUGGUGUUUUCCACGGUUUGGGAAGAGUCGUGAUGUGAGCAGUUAGCAUGUCAGAUGAGGCAUUUGUCAUAGAGAUCAUAUGUUGGAAUGUUGCUAGCAAAUGUGGGGAGAGGGUGGUCCCGAACAUUUUAUAGUAUUGGUUCGAGAAACUGUCUGGGCCUGGGAUUUUCCCUGUGGUAGUCCUCAUAUAACAUCCAUGAUUUCUGUUUCUGUUAGCAGGGUUUGCAGUUUGGUCUUGUUUUUUUGGGAAAGGGGAGGCAAAGAGACCCCAGACAGCCAUCUUUCUCGAGUCCUGUCGGUUGGUGUAGCGACGUAUCUGUUUGGAGGUUGUAAAGGUUUGUAUAGUAGGUUGCUAGGUUGCUAAUAAUGUCUUGGGGAUUGUAGAGUUUUUCCCCUGUUGCUGUGAUUAUGUAUGGGAUUUUAGAGUGUGACCUUUUUUGCCGCAGUUGCACUGCUAACAAUUUGAGUGACUUAUUGUUUUGGGUGUAGUGUCUCGUUUUCAGCUGUUGUAAUAGGUGUGCAGUUUUCUUCAUGGAUAUGUCAUUUAGUUGUUUGCAUAUGCUAUCAAUAGUAACUCGUAAAGUGUUUUUGGGCCGUAUAUAAUGCUUGAGCGUGGCAGCUCUCAAGUCACGUAGUAAUUGUGUAUAUUUGGCUUGGGAUAUUUUGAGAAAGGAUGUACGGCUCAAAAAGAGUCCUCGCAUCACGGCUUUGUGAGCUUGCCACUAAGCAAUAGGGGUUGUGUCUUCAAUGCUGUUAAAUCAAUCUUUUCCCGAAAGCCGUCAUACUGUAACAUUGAUUCAUCAAGGCACCAUGGCGCGUGUCCCCUGGUUGUAAAUUGUUCUGAGAUUGUUAUUAUAUUUGGAGCAUGGUCUGACCAAACUAUAUCCUUGAUAGUGUUCUGUGUAUUAAGGUUAGGGUGGCUCUGGGAGCUAGUAUGUGUCUAUUCUGGAGUAUGUUUUAUAUAUGGGAAAGUAGUGUGUAUAGGCACACUCUGAAGGCAGGGCCAGAUUAAGAGCCCAGUGGGCCUGGUGCUGACAAUUAUGAUGGGGCUUUGCUCUCUCCUAUAGGGCAGCACUCUACCCCCUCCUCCAGCUCUGCUUCACUCCCACCCUAUUUGAUAUUUCCUGUCCUAACGUGUCUUAGACCCCACCUCCUAUAGAAUGUAAGCUCGUUUGAGCAGGGUCCUCUUCAACCUAUCGUUCCUGUAAGUUUUCUUGUAAUUGUCCUAUUUAUAGUUAAAUCCCCCCUCUCAUAAUAUUGUAAAGCGCUACGGAAUCUGUUGGCGCUAUAUAAAUGGCAAUAAUAAUAAUAUAUAUUUUAUUUAAUUUGCCAACACAGCGUUCUGACAUCACAAUUCUUCUGAAAAGGCAUGUAUGGGGCAUUCUAGAUCAGGGUUCGACAAAUCCCAGGCACCAGGUCACCAAGGCGACUUGAAAUUUUGCCCUGGCAUCUGGGAUUUGCAGCCCUUUAGCUAAAGGCAGGAUGGGGGAACAAUGGGGCCGGCCGGUCGGCUCAGUGAGCAUGCAGGCGGCUGCCCUGAGGAGUGUGCAGGUGGCCGUCCUGGGAGGUGGUGCAGGCAGCAGGCUUGGGCCACGCGGGAGGGAGUAGUAAUCUUCCUGUAGUUCCUGUCUGCUCACUCUUGCUGUAUAGUGAUACCGGGAACCGGAAUAUGAAAUCACAGCUCCCUCACACGCAGGAUGAGCGAGCAACUCCACUGGAACCCAGGGAAAGUCCACUCAGCUCUCCCAGGUAGGGAGGCUGGGUGGAUUAAAAUGGAAAAUGUCAAUUUGUGUAUGUGUGUGUGUAUGUCAGUGUGUGUGUGUGUGUGUAUCUCUCUGUCAGUGUGUCUGUCAGUUUGUGUGUGUGUGUGUGUAUGUCAGUGUGUGUGUGUAUCUCUCUCUGUCAGUGUGUCUGUCAGUUUGUGUGUGUGUCUCUGUCAGUGUGUGUGUGUUUGGGUACCUGCACCCCUACGAUCAUGAGAGGGUGUUUUAACCCACCUUCUUUCCCACGCCGUGCCAGUUUUCAGCAGCUUGUCCUGCCUUCAUAGCUGAGAAAAUCAUUCUUUAAGAUCUCAGCUAAAUCUGUGCUUUCCCGUAGGAAAGCAUUGGGAAUAUAUUGUGCAUGUUCUCUAUGGGUAACAUUCAGCACCUGCGUGCAUAGUGUGGAGACGCUGAACAAAGGUGCUGCACACUGUGCACUCUGCAGCACUGACACAGGACUCUCUAGUGGCCUUCUGAGUGACUGUCACUAGAGGUGCUACUAGGCAGCAAUGUAAACACUGCAUUUUCUCUAUAAAAAGGCAGCAUUUACAUUGAAAGGGCUACAGGGACUGGCUAUAGGCACCAGAACAACUAUAUUAAGCUGUAGUGGUUCUGGUGACUGAUGUUUCUUUAAGAAUUGUAUAUUUCUCAUUAAUUAAACUUCGUUAGUUUAAAAAAAAAACCUGGCUCCUAACUUUUUCAGCUGGCUCCUAGAUUCCAAACAAAUUUGUCAAGCCCUGUUCUAGAUAGUAUUUCAUCAUUACGAGUCUGUUAAAAGAGUACAAGUAUGUUAUAUAAACAACAUUUCUAAAACCCAGAGUGUUAAACACUUUGAUGUUAUUAUAAUUAAAUUUAAAUGACUUUACAGAUUUACCACUGUUGCUUCACCUUUCAAAACGUGUUUGACCUGUGAGCUUAAACAGCAGUAAGCAUGUCAAAUUUACAUAUUGCUAAAGGAAAUUAUUUAUCAUGGAAGACAUCCUAAAGAUCAGUGAUUUACAGCUCACUUCUCAAGACACACCAACAGACUAGAUUUUGUCCGUAUUUGCUUUGGAACUGAGAAAUCGAGAAAUGCCUAGAGUCUGGAUUGGUUGUGUAUAUUGAGGGCAGGGUUUGGAAGAAUUAAAAUAAAUGUGAUAGUUUCUUUUAAAUGUGAUGCUGGCAUGAAAAGUUAAUAAUUGUAAGUCACCAGAGAUCAAAGGUUUGAUUCUUAAUGCAAAGAGACAUGCGCUCACAAGCAAAAUUUAUCCUGAUUAUCGAAAAGGAUGCAACAUUUCAGAGGCUUCUCGAUGACGAAUUCUGUACCAGGUUUGGACCAUGCAUUCUCAUCACGGUAAGAUUAAAUUGUUUGCUCUAAUAGGCCCAAAUUCAUCUCUGGUUUAUUUGUCAGUUAUGUAUCUUUUGAAUGUUUAAAGGCACUCUCCAAGCACCAUAACCACAACAGUCUGUGGUGUAAUAGUUAUGGUGUCAGAUGUGCUUCAGCACCCUCCCAGGGUAAGUAGUCAAACUGGUUAUGAACGCGUUGGCAACUUACCUUGGGGUCCUCCAACAGUCACAGCCUCUUCUGGAGUUGGAAGCUCCUGCUCGGAGAUUCUGUUAGCUCCACUGAGCUAAGCCCUGCCGGCCAUGACUGGUUCACUGUCUGAGAGCACCUGUACAGCCAGGCUUAGGUCAGUGCAGCAGCAUCCAACAGCAUCAGUGGAACCCAGAUAAGCUGUCAAACUGCUAGCAAACAGCUUGACUACGCAACCUAGGAGAGCACAAGGCACCCCUGACACAAUAACCGCUACAGUGAGCUGUAGUGGUUGUGGUGCUUGAUUGUUCCUUCAGUGGGUCAAGUGAAUACAAGUAGGAAUUGCCAGAUGUUAUCCCCACCCAGUUCAAGUGCGUUUCCAUCUAAUCCCAUCUGCGUUCCCCCAGCAGUAUAUUUAAUAUUAACUUUGAAGGAGGUGGCAUAUUCGCAUGCAGAGAUACUUACACCAAAUACUAUGUUUAUACAAAGUAACAUGAACAUGUUUCCUAUAUGUGCAACAAGUGCAUGAAAGCCUAUGUUUUGUAUCUUUAUGCAGGGAAAGGGAUUUCCAGAUGUGAACACCAGGCGUUUAACACGGAAGCUGUGGGAUCAUUUUCAUAUUCCUAUUUUCACUCUCGUUGAUGCAGACCCACAUGGUAAUAAUGUAUCCUGUCACAAGAAUGGAAGUUGAAGUAAUAUAAACAUAUAAAGUAAAAUCAUAUUUUAGUGUUUAUGUUUUUCUUUUACUUUAAGGGGAAAAUAUUUUUUUUCUCAGUCCAGAUUGUUUUCCAGACAGGUAAUCAAACGCCUUAUUGGCACUGACAGUCACUGUUACAUGAUCACUGCCGAUAGGAGUCAGAGCUUCCCAGGACGGAUAGAAUUAGUUAAUAGAUCCAAUCCAUGUCGAUCAGAAACCAUAAAAAAUACAACACUUCAUGGAUUAAAAUUCCAAAACCUGAGCAGCGUAUUCAAAAGUGCAGCGUAACAUUUUCUGAAGAGUUUUGCUGUCUGUAAAUGCCAUCAAAGGAAAAGUGUUGGCACCAUAGAUAAUUAACAUAAUAAUGCAGAGUGAUGACAUGGUAUAAAACUAUAUUAAGCAGUCAUAGCACGCUCAGCCAUGACAUGGAUAGGGUCAGGUAACCACAGCACUGCGAAUGUCAAACAUACAUCAUGGGCAGCCAGCAUUGUACUGAGAGAAACACCCAGCUCAUGGGGCCCGGUAUUGGACGUCCAGUAUGUUGAAAGUGGUAAGGACACUUUUAUUGUGCUGAAAGGAGAUAUAUAAUAUUUUAAUAGGUCACGAAUGUAUGUAAACAUUGUCCUGCCUUAUAGGACGAAUGAAAAUAAUGAACCCCUUGGAUGACACUGCUUGACGGUCUUUGCUAAACGGGUUAAACAGGCUUUGGUUUAUAGCAUUUAUGACCUUGAUUCACUGGGUAAUCACCUAAAUGAGAACCAGAUCUCUAGUGGUUAUUGUGAAGUUUACAAAUGAUACACUUCUGCAUGAGUCAUUUUCUUCAGACUGUACAUUCAGACCAGGGGAGAGAGCAUGUGCCAGUUCAGUGCAAUGGCAUGCAGAUACCGAGUGUUCUAAUCAAAGCUAUAAAAUCUCCUCUCGUUUUCUAGGCAUCGAAAUAAUGUGUACCUGCAAGUACGGAUCUCUGGUGAGUAAAUGUGUUCUAUCAAACUUACAAUGGUUUUGUUUUUUGCAUUUUUGAAAACCGAUUUAAUUUCACUACCCCAAUAAUCUGUGAAUUAUGUCACAGUUUGACUUCCCCAUCUUGGUCCUCCUUAAACCCUGUGAUUUUCAUCCAUUGUGUCCUGUUUUCCUUCUAGUCCAUGUCAUUUGAGGCCCAUCACCUGACUGUGCCUUCUAUCUCGUGGCUUGGCGUGCUUCCAUCUGACCUAGAGAGGUGAGCACCAACUUCAUGGGAAAACAGAGUUACAUAACAAAUAGAUCAUGUAUCUGGUGCAGUAACUUUUGGCGUUUUAAUCCUGCACAUGCUGAUUUUUAUUUAUAAAUCUUCAGGACCAGCUGAUUGUGCAAGGGUGUCAGGGUCUCUGCUACACCAGAUCAUGUUAUAUGUACAGAAAGUCAUACAUAAGAUACAGAAAUAGAUGCACUUGCUUAAAAAAAAAAAAAAAAAGGUAAUGAGAAGCCCUCAUACAAAGUGAAUGGAAGCCCCUUUUCCCAUUAACUUGCACAAGUGUUUAUUUUUUAUUUUUUUUAUUUAAGCCUAUGGAAAAAUAUAAAUUUCCCUUAAACCUCAUUCCCCUAUAUGAAUGUAUUUUUCGCACCAGUUAUUUUUAGAAGCUGCAAUUAAUAGGCUGGUGGUGAGAUGCAAGUAAAUGUUAUAGCUAUUGCACAAUUUUGGCCCCAUCCAGGGAUAUUACAAUACAUUAUUGCACGUUAAGUGCCUUGGGUGUCCUUUAAUGCAUAAAAUGUGUUAAUUGUCCCUUUAUAUAACAUUAUUAUAGGUUAAACAUUCCCUCUACUGCUCUGAUUCCAUUAACUGCCUUUGACCAAAGAAAAUUAUCCAGUCUUCUGAGGAGACCUUAUAUAACCUCCCAACCGCUGUGGAAGAGAGAGGUUUGUGUCUGUGUUUAAUACCGAUGAUUUAAAAUGUAUUCCAACAGCUGGACCAUGUUUGCAACAGUUAACAGUCAACAUCCCUAUCAUAAACAAUACCGGACAAUAAAAAUACAUGAUCAUGUUUAGUAAAGAUUCUUUCCCACCCAAAAUAUAGUAUAAAUGUUUACUAAAACAAAUUGCUAAAGAUUGAGCUGGGAAGCUUAAUUCUUCAUGUUACAUCUUUAAGAAUGGCACAAAGCAUCCUAGAUGCAGUAGUUCUAAAAUAUCUGGCAACCCAUGUUUUGAAUGAAAGAGAAUCUUAUUUUGUCUAUACAUUGAGCUUGCACAGUUUAAAGCUAAUUCAACGAGGACCUGACCUUUUUGAGAUGUGUUUAAUUUUCCAUAGGCCACACUUAGCAUUUUUUUUUUUUUUUUUUAAAUAACGUGUAAAUUUAAUCAUGGCUAAUGCUACUUCAUAUUUUUUUGCAGUUGGAAAUAAUGGCAGCAUGUAAAAUGAAGGCAGAAAUCCAAGCACUGAGCUCCCUUUCACCCACCUACCUUUCCAGAGUGUACCUACCCAAUAAAUUGCAAUACGGAGGCUGGAUCUGAUAACAUGAUUGCAGAAGUUGUUAUUUAGAAAGGAACAACUGACAACUUUUGUGUUUUCUGUAUCGGAACUGCAAUUGUGCCAUUUUUUGCUUUAUUCUCCGAAGCUUCAGUUUCACACC